AUGGCGGCUGUGGGGCGAGUCAGCUCCUUCGGCUCUUCUCCGCCGGGAUUAGCCUCGACUUACACGGGCGGCUCCUUGGCCAGCGAGCUGAUCUCGGGCAACGGCGGCGCUGCCGCCGGCGACGACGAGGACGGGCAGAACCUUUGGUCCUGCAUCCUCAGCGAGGUCUCCACCCGCUCGCGAUCCAAGCUCCCCGCGGGGAAGAACGUCCUGCUGUUGGGUGAAGAUGGAGCUGGAAAAACAAGCUUAAUAAGAAAAAUUCAGGGAAUAGAGGAGUACAAGAAAGGAAGAGGAUUGGAAUAUUUGUACUUAAAUGUUCACGAUGAAGACAGGGAUGAUCAAACAAGAUGUAAUGUGUGGAUCUUAGAUGGAGAUCUGUAUCACAAGGGCCUCCUUAAAUUUUCAUUGGAUGCCAUUUCCCUGAAUGACACUCUGAUUAUGCUGGUUGUUGAUAUGUCAAAGCCUUGGACUGCUUUGGAUUCUUUACAGAAAUGGGCAAGUGUUGUUAGAGAACAUAUAGACAAAUUGAAAAUUCCUCCUGAAGAAAUGAAAGAAAUGGAACAAAAGUUGAUUAGAGACUUUCAAGAAUAUGUAGAGCCAGGAGAAGAUUUCCCAGCCUCUCCUCAGAGAAGAAAUACCAUGUCACAGGAAGACAAAGACGACAGUGUGGUUUUACCCCUGGGUGCGGAUACACUUACACACAACCUGGGCAUUCCAGUACUAGUAGUUUGCACAAAGUGUGAUGCCAUUAGUGUAUUGGAGAAAGAACAUGACUACAAAGAUGAACAUUUUGAUUUUAUUCAGUCACAUAUCCGGAAGUUUUGUUUACAGUAUGGUGCAGCACUUAUUUACACGUCAGUAAAAGAAAACAAAAAUAUAGAUUUAGUAUAUAAAUACAUCGUCCAGAAACUAUAUGGAUUUCCGUAUAAGAUUCCUGCUGUGGUGGUGGAAAAAGAUGCAGUAUUUAUUCCAGCGGGGUGGGAUAAUGAUAAGAAAAUAGGAAUAUUACAUGAAAAUUUUCAAACACUAAAAGCAGAAGAUAAUUUUGAAGACAUUAUAACUAAACCACCUGUUCGGAAGUUUGUGCAUGAGAAGGAAAUUAUGGCAGAAGAUGACCAAGUAUUUCUUAUGAAGCUACAGACCCUUUUAGCAAAGCAACCACCAACUGCAGCUGGGCGGCCUGUGGAUUCUUCACCAAGAGUUCCAGGAGGCUCCCCUCGAACACCAAACAGAUCAGUGUCAUCCAAUGUUGCUAGCGUGUCACCCAUCCCUGCUGGGUCAAAAAAAAUUGAUCCAAACAUGAAAGCUGGAGCUACAAGUGAAGGUGUCCUGGCAAAUUUCUUCAAUAGUUUGCUGAGUAAAAAGACUGGUUCUCCGGGAGGCCCCAAUGUUGGUGGUGGCAGCCCUGGAGCUGGGGCUGGAGGUGGAAGCAGUGGUUUACCACCAUCUGCCAAAAAGUCAGGCCAGAAGCCUGUCCUAUCAGAUGUUCAUGCGGAACUAGACAGAAUUACACGAAAACCAGUCACAGUUUCUCCUACAUCACCAACAUCUCCUACGGAAGGAGAAGCUUCUUGA